AAAACAAGGGAGACUGAAAUCAUCAUAAUAUAUAUCAACGGCCCAGAAGAAAACAGCCACCCUUUCAUGUCCAGCAGCAGUCACAAAUUACACCCAAAACUGAGGAAUAUUGGUGGUGACUUACUGACCGGAGAGCGAGCGAGAGACAGAGCAAGCCAAACACACGUCUCUUUUCGAUUUUAUUAUUAUUUAUUUACAAAUUAAUAAAUACAAUCUGGGUUUUGAAUAAUUUUGAUAGCAACUAUCAAAUCAGCAAGGCAUCAUCAUGUAUAGAAGCGCAGUUUCGCGUCUCAGAGCUCCUAAGGGCUGCCGUAGGUAUCCAACAAGAUUUGCAAGUUCGAGUGCAGCUGCCUUGCAACCAUCCUCUUCCAGUGGUUUCUUCAGCUGGCUUACUGGUGAAAAGUCCAAGUCUGUUCCACCUCUAGACUUUCCACUUUUAGGAGUUGAACUCCCUUCUACAUUGCCUGAUUAUGUUGAACCUGGUGUAACUAAGAUUACUACGCUUGGUAAUGGCUUGCGAAUUGCAUCUGAAACAUCACCGAAUCCCGCGGCAUCAAUAGGGUUAUAUGUUGACUGCGGCUCGAUAUAUGAGUCACCAGCAACAUUUGGGGCCACCCACAUUCUGGAACGAAUGGCAUUCAAAAGCACAAGAAACCGCAGCCACUUGCGUGUUGUGCGAGAAGUGGAAGCAAUUGGGGGUUCUGUACAAUCCUCAGCAUCUCGGGAGCAGAUGGGAUAUACAUAUGAUGCUUUGAAGACUUAUCUUCCAGAGAUGGUUGAGCUACUUAUUGAUUGUGUGAGGAACCCUGUCUUCCUUGAUUGGGAGUUCAAUGAACAGCUUCAGAAGGUGAAGGCUGAGAUCAGUGAAGCUUCAAAAAACCCUCAAGGUUUGCUUUUUGAGGCAAUUCACUCAGCAGGUUUUUCUGGUGCUUUGGCAAAUCCUCUUUUAGCUCCAGAAUCUUCAAUAGAUAGAUUGAAUAGUUCACUCUUGGAGGAAUUUGUAGCUGAAAAUUAUACUGCUCGUCGUAUGGUGCUUGCAGCUUCUGGUGUUGAACACGAGGAACUGGUAGCUAUUGCAGAGCCCCUUUUAUCUGACCUAUCUGAUAAAAAGAGCCCUGGAGAGCCAGAAUCUGUUUAUACUGGUGGUGAUUUCCGUUGUCAAGCUGAAGCAGGGGACCAGAAAACCCAUUUUGCUCUCGCAUUUGGACUAGAAGGUGGCUGGCAUGAUGUGAAGGAGGCCAUGACUUUGACAGUUCUUCAGAUUCUAAUGGGAGGUGGUGGAUCAUUCUCAGCUGGUGGCCCUGGGAAAGGAAUGUAUUCAAGGCUAUAUCAACGUGUUUUGAAUCAGUAUCACAAAGUUCAGUCGUUUUCAGCAUUCAGCCACAUUUACAAUCACUCUGCCAUAUUCGGUAUCCAAGCUACCACAGAUGCAGAUUUUGCAUCAACGGCCAUUAAGCUAGCAGCUAGAGAGCUAACUGAAGUUGCUUCACCUGGUGCAGUUGACCCAGUGCAGCUACAACGUGCCAAACAGUCAACAAAGUCUGCCAUUUUGAUGAAUUUGGAAUCUAGAAUGGUUGCUUCGGAAGAUAUUGGUAGACAAAUUUUGAUGUAUAACAAGAGGAAACCAUUGGGUGAUUUCUUGAAAGCGAUAGAUGAGGUUACAUUGCAGGAUAUUACCCAAAUUUCCCAAAAGCUUAUUUCUUCACCUCUCACAAUGGCAUCAUACGGAGAAGUUAUCAAUGUCCCAACAUAUGAUACAAUCUGCAGCAUGUUCAAGUCAAAAUGAGCCUGUCCACUAUUAGCAAACGGGAAGGUCCACUGACAAACGUACAAUUUCUCUUGCAACCAAUUUGAGUUCAAGUUAUCUUCAAUGGUCCCUUUCUUUUCUUUAUCAAUAAAUUGGUGAAUCUUUGGCCUGCAGCAUUUGAUAUGACUGACGUUGCCUUACACACUGUGUUUUGUUUCCAUGCUCGGCUUUGUAAUCUAUAUAUCUUCACGGUCAUUGUGGAAAAAAAGUUAGUGGUUUGGAUGAUAUUUUAUUGGUGAUGGGAUA